AGGAGCGCUGUGAGGCUGGGGGGGGGAACAUGAUUCCAGUCACUCUGCCAGUGCCCUGUGCGGAAGACUGUCCUUCUUUACUGCUGCGUCCGUCCGUCUGUCCGUGUCGCAGUGAAGACGUCCACUGUCCAAGGAAUAAGACUAGAAGAAAAGACCGAGAGGAAAAGAGAGAGUUGUGACAAAUUCAAACGGGUACAACAGUGGAGGUGUGAGUGAGACCGGAGUCGCCUGUUGGUCUUAAGACGUGUCUCUCCCAACGCUCCAGAGAACCCCCCCCUAGGAGGAUCGACAGAGAGAGAGAAGACUCAUCCUGACGCUCAACCUUUGUGCAGGAGACAGAAGAACAUCCAUCUCUGCCUGACCUCUACAGCUGGCCACAGCAUCCACAGGGUGUCCAGACAAGCAGGGCGUGUCCAGACAAGCAGGGCGUGUCCAGCGUGUUUGCCGUGUGUUUGCCGUGUCCAGUGUGUGACAGGUGUGUCCAGCGCGAGUUAGGUGUGCGCGUGGUGCUCGAGAGGCGUGUAGUAGCGUGCGUGAGGCGCGUAGUAGCGAGCGUGAGGCGCGUAGUAGCGAGCGUGAGGCGCGUAGUAGCGAGCGUGAGGCGCGUAGUAGCGAGCGUGAGGCGCGAUGGCUGACUGGAGCCUCCUGGGGAACUUCCUGGAGGAGGUGCAGGAGCACUCGACGGUGGUGGGGAAGGUGUGGCUGUCGGUGCUCUUCAUCUUCCGGAUCCUGGUCCUGGGCACGGCGGCCGAGUCGUCCUGGGGGGACGAGCAGGAGGACUUCACCUGCGACACGGAGCAGCCGGGCUGCGAGAACGUGUGCUACGACCAGGCGUUCCCCAUCGCGCACAUCCGCUACUGGGUGCUGCAGAUCGUGUUCGUGUCCACGCCGUCGCUCAUCUACAUGGGCCACGCCAUGCACACGGUGCGCAGCGAGGAGAAGCGCCGCCGGGGGGGCGAGAGGGAGGACCAGGGGGGGGGGGCCGGCGGAGGAGGAGGAGGGGAAGGGGGGGAGAAGGGGGAGCGCGUGGAGGCCUCGGGCCGCGUACGUCUCCGGGGCGCCCUGCUCCAGACCUACGUGCUCAGCAUCCUGAUCCGCACCGUCAUGGAGGUGCUCUUCGUGCUGGUGCAGUACUUCCUGUACGGCGUGUUCCUGCGGGCGCUGUACGUGUGCCGGGCCUGGCCCUGCCCCCACCCCGUCAACUGCUACGUGUCGCGCCCCACCGAGAAGAACGUGUUCAUCGUCUUCAUGAUGGCCGUGUCUGCCGUGUCGCUGCUGCUGUCGGCCGCCGAGCUCUACCACCUGGCCUGGCGCGGAUGCGUCAGGCUCCGCCUCCGCAAGGCCCAGGCCCGGGUCCCGCCCCCGGCCCCGCCGUGCACCCCGCCCCCAGACUUCAGCCUGUGCGUGGGCCCCGCCCCUCCCAGCUGCCCUCCCUGUCCCCUCCGCCUGGCGCACCAGCAGAACUCUGCCAACAUGGCCGCCGAGCGGCAGCACGACUUCCUGUCCCUGGCCUACACGCAGAGCUCCGCCCCCAGCGCCCCUGGCCCCGCCCCUCUGGCUGACAGCAACUUCCUGAAGGACAAUCGCCGGCUCAGCAAGACCAGCGGCACAAGCAGCCGUGCCCGAUCUGACGACCUGGCUGUGUAGACACACACACACACGUCUUGUAUACAGACACACACACGCACCUUGUAUACAGACUUGUAUCCCUGCUGUUCCCUACCUUGACCAGCAGGAGGAGUCAACGUCUGUUCGUGAGAGCCCUGCUCUCACAUCUACCAGUCAAUCAGCAUGUAUUUAUCUGAAGAAAAUGUUCCUUGUUUUACGUGUAUAGUUUAUCUCACGUGCAUAUUACCCGUUUCAAGUCUGUCUGAUAUGAUCAUAUCAAACUGUUGUCAUGAGGAUCGCAGUUCUGUAAACGCUGCACUUUUGAAAAUAGAAAACUGUGA